AUGACGACGUCGAGGUCGGCGCCCCAGGCCUUCUGGUCGUCGUAUGCGCCUCGCCUGCGUGCGUACAACAAUUCCCUCCUCGUCCCCGUCCUCCCUAGUGCGGCUGCGGCGGCCAAUGUGCGAACGACAAAGCGAGGUACAACCAUCAUCAACUAUGCUGAAGACGGCUAUGAUGACUAUGACGACGAUGACUCCGAUCGACGCCGCCCCACCGGUCUCAGGAGUCUGCGCAGGGACGAUAGUGUUUCCAAGAGUGAAGCCGGUGACAAGGUUGCGAAGGAGACCACCGAGCCGGUCGAGAUGCAAGGCGUAUGGAGAGACUGGAUGGGAAAGUCGAGAGCGCAGCGAUCGGACAUGGCGAACCAUGCCCAGGCAUGCCUGCCUCUGACACUGAUCCCCAUCCGACUGGAUGUUGACAUCCAGCCUUUCAUGCCGCUUCCGCCGAUCGCGAAUGGCCACUUCGACAAUACGAACCCUCUAUACAAGCAGCAAGAAGUCACCGUCCCUUAUAGGUUAAAGGACACUUUUCUCUGGAACCUGCACGAGACGCUUAUUACGACGGACAUGUUCGCGCUGAACCUUGUACAAGAUCUCGACCUGCCCAACAAGGCCGCGAUCUGCUCAGAGAUCAGCAAACAAAUACGCACUCAACUCGAGGAAUAUGCUGGUGUGGCGCUGCACCCGCUCUUCCACUCUCAGUCACACCAGAGUGGCCAAGAGUCACAGAAGGCACCGCCUUCCCUCGUGCACCGCGACUCAGCUACCCCAACACCGCAGAACGGUGUGCUGAGCCGCGCAGACACUCCGCUGCGUCAAAAUGCGUCCACGACACCGUCCAAGGCCGGCCCAGGAACGCCCAUUCCGUCUGGUCUGCCUACACAAGGCGAUGUGACAGCAUCCGCCACGGCCAUCUCCCCGGAAUCGGACGACUACAACCCCGAUGACACGUACCGGUGUAUCGUCAAUCUCAACAUCAACCUCUCCAACCAGCUCUACACCGACAAGUUCGAGUGGUCAUUGUUACACCCCCCAGGCACAGCUGAAGCAUUUGCCAAGAUUACCUGCGCGGAUCUAGGUCUCGCGGGUGAGUGGGUUCCUGCGAUGACCCAUGCCAUCUACGAAGCUGUCCUGCGCUUGAAGAAGGAAGCCUGUGAGUCUGGUGGCUUGGUAGCAGGAUUUGGCGCCGGUGGGCCGGCAGACUUCCCCAACGAUGCCGCUAUUUCCGCAGCGGGAGAAGGGGCCGGGUGGCGGUACGACCCCGAACAUUUGGCAGAUGAAUGGGAGCCGAAGGUCGAGAUCUUGUCGAAAGAAGAGAUCGAGAAGCGCGAGGGCGAUCGGGAACGGCAACUGCGACGACUUAGGAGAGAAACGGCGCGUUUCAGUAGCAAUACUGGUAUGGCUGGUGGCGUUCCCAUGGGCUUUGGCUUUGGCGGUCUCAUUGAACAGGAGGAGGAGCGGAUGGGCCGUGGUGAGCGCAGCAAGAAGAAGCGACGCUUCCGAAGCCUGUCACCUCUCGGCCGUUCCGGCACUCCUGGUGGGAGAGGUACGCCUGAUGUCGGGGGCGCGGUGGGUGGCUACGGUGGCGGUGGUACCUUGACCGACGCUGAGCGCAUUAAUUGGCGCUGUCUUCACUGUCGUGUUUGGGGUACGACUGUCUGGGCUGUCCGGGAUGCACCAGGCUAUGCCUGCUUGCUGAUUCAAACGGGACAACCAAUUCCAAUGGCACGGACCGUCCCUCCCGUGCGCAACCUUGGUGUCGACAUUUGCGAUGUGGUGCUUGCGAAGCUUUUGCAACUACAGAACAACACAUUGAGUCAGGAUGGGUUCGUUCUGUCCGUCACAGCUCUCGAGGGUUUCAAGGGCGGUGGCCAAUAG